AUCCCGGAUUUGGGUUGUAUUAUGGGCUGCAAUUUCGCCAUGAUGUAAAGGAAUAAUAAUCCAUUCGACGUAAUAACAACAGUUCUGGGAUUGCGAUUAACAUGAAAACCAGAGAAGGAGACGAGGAAAAAAUGGUGAAAAUGUUCAGGAUGUGAUAUUAGCUUUUCAUAAUUUGUUAAUAUUAUUGUCGAAUUUGAAGUUAUGUCACGGAAACGUGUCUAUGUGUUAGUCGGAACAGCGAAUUGUAAACAUGUUCUAUGGCUGUGAUCCAAGUGAUUGGCAUCAAACGAACUGUUGCUUGCAACUGGUUUAUUAUCACUAAUACCCCAAAUCUGUUCUUACGACAGGGUUUUCUUACUUUUUAAACAGUAAUGAAUAUAUGUUAUUGACGACACACCGACAAUCUAUUUACUUUAUUUUCUGUCCCCUACACACCUGUCAUAGUCUUUCCUAACAUCGUUAUCCCCAGCAGGCUUCACUUACAAAACAGCCACCCUAGUAUAGUGCAUUAUUCUCUUAGAAAAAAUAAUAAAUAAAAUGAAAUAAAAUAAACAGUUACUGCAACUGUGUGUAUAUGUCGAAGGACUGUUACAAAUUUCGAUAAUGUCUCCAGUUGUUACUUCCAUUUCACCAACUUUGACGAAUAUUUUUUAGCUUUCAUCUCCAUCCCUUCCUGAUCACAUCUAACGUAUGCCGCAACGUGCACAAACGUUUUCCUUAACUUAGAAACACAUUCUAAAUAUUCCUAUUUUCAUUUUUUCUGCUGAAGAACAAAUCAAAACAACUGUCAUAGUUUUGGGUUUAUUACACAACAUCGUAGUCCCCCUCCGCCGCCAAAACAGAGCUAACCCAGACCUUCGGUUAUUUUAUUGAAGAUAUUAACUAAGCUGCCUACAAGAUUAGUGCAAUAUUAUGAAAUAGAGCACUGCUAACAUGUAUCCUGCGUAUCAUAAGGGUGAAUUUUCAGAGAGGAUCGGUCAUCGAGUGUUAAUAUGACUGAUUACUGUUUCUUCUACUCUGGAAACUUAAUUCCUCUCUAUUGUGGUUCUCGCCCUGGUUCAUAUAGAGCAGCGGAUCUUUUUCUCUGCUACUCUUCUUCAUACACAGAAAACAAGUGUGAUCAGAGAAUAAAGCCAAUAUUACAUUACUAAAAAAUACAGAGUAUUUAGACUCAUUUUUGUAUGUGUAUCCUGAAUAAGUGCAUGUCCGACUGUCUUUUUGACAAUUCCAUUACUGGCACAUAGAAAACAAUUCUUGUGGCAACCCACCCACAAACACACAUCCACAAUGCAGAUCUGUAAGCUUUCCUUUUGAAUCUUUAAUUUCGCUAAGUUCAAGUUUUCUUAUGUAAACCAUAUUUUAACUUGUACUGUUGAAGGUCUCCCUUUGUGUGUGUAUGUGUAUAUAUUACUUUUCUUUUUAUUGUGUAUGUUUAUAUGUUUAGACUCUCCCACCAUACUUUUAAAUUCCUCUCGUAUGUAUCGAUGAUAAACAAAUUUAUUUAAAGUCUGUGAUAAUCCUAUUUCUGCUCUCACAUCCCUUUAAUUUUCUGUUCAGUUUUUAACAUAAACCCCUGCAGACAUGGAUCAAUGGAAUCCUCACAAUUAUCUGGUUUGACAAGGUCACUUUAAAACUUUUUUAAUUGACCGAAAUGUGCCUUAUUGAUCUCACUUCAUCAUAAAAAUCUUUCUUUUUGUUAGGAGUUUAUAUUUUUUUCUCUUUUAAAAGGAAUUGUUCUUCAUCAUCAUCGUCAUCAUUAUCAUCAUCGUUACUGGCCUUUUUUUUUCUAUUGUUGUUUACGUCGGUUUCACUGACGUAUUUUCAUGAGUCAGGGUUAAAAUAGUUUUUUUUGAAAUAGCUAAAAACAAUAUCUAACAAAAGACUAGUCUAAACAUCAAAGAAAGAACCGUUAAUUGUACAUAUACCUGUUUCUUGGAUAAAGAUACCAAGCGGAAAAAAAGGACAUCUGCCACAGAAUACACGAAAUUUUUCAUUUGGACUAACUGUGCAACAUGCUGACUGCUGCUCUCUGAUGGCAACUAGUAACGUGCCAAGGCAUGACUUUGCUCCAUCUUGGCUUAAGAUUCCAUCUCAAGAGAAUCUUAAGUCAUCCCCCAGUUGCAAGAGACAAGUUGGACAGAGUGAUAGACAUGUUCGACAAAGGAGGGAAGAAACUGGAGGAGAAAAUUCCAAUGGCCAAACACCUGUUUCAAACCGCUAUAACUCUGAAUCCUUGAAACUUCAUAGACAAAGUUCAUUUGAGAAUUAUUAUGAUAAUAAGCAUUACUUCAGUGGCCAGACUAAGUCCAGCCAUUCUGUAGAUGGUGAUCAUUCCUACUCCUAUGGCCCUUAUGGUAAUUACUACAAUGGAUAUAGUUCAGUUUAUGAAAAAUAUGACAUGCAAUAUAACUUCCAACCACCCUUGUUAAGAUCACAUACCAGACAGGAAAGUGGAAAAUAUCAACAACCAGUCUCUCACUUUAAUAGCCCUGUCAACAGUGGCUUUUCCAAUUACUACUAUGAUAGUUAUCCACAAGAAUACUAUCAUGGAGAUGUGUAUUACAGUACCUUCGAGACUAGGCCAGCAUCUAGCUAUAAGACCCUAUCUGAAAAAGAUGGACAGCUGGAAAAUGCUAAAGGAGAUGGGUUAGCUAGUAAAGAGAGAGACUCUAUUGAGAAUCCUAACAAAAACACUUGUGCUGAAGAAAGUGUUUUCAACAAUGAUUUUCCUUUUCUCCAUGAAAGAGAUGAUAUUUAUGAUCCAAGUGGUUACAUGACUUCAAAUGGCAAUAGUGUUUGGGAUAAUUCUGUUCUGGCCAAAUCAGAAAGUCUUUUUACAAGAAAUGACAUAGAUUACCAAACCUAUUCAAUGGAUCAAGAAAGUGACUCUCCUCAUCCUGUUGAUGAUAUUUACAAGUAUUUCCCUCCAGCUGAGGAUAUUCAUCAACUGUGCAAUAGUCAAGAAAAUGAAUUGACUUGGCAGUUCGACAAUGAUUAUCCAUCCCAUAAUUCUGACAAUACUCCUGGUCAGGGUAGAGUAGUAAAAUCACAAGGAAAUGGGAAUUAUGUUUGCAAUUCACCUCAAGAAUUAGUAAACGGAAUUGAUUUGUUGUCAAUGAAAGACAACAGUACUUCGCUUCUUUCAAGCUCUCUAGAGGCAGAGCAAAGACUUUUGCGUGAAAUGGGUUGGAAUGAAACUGAAGAAGAAUAUAUCAUAACAGAAGAUGACAAGAAAGAAUUUCAGAAGUUAACCAAUCAAGCAAAACAUCAAAAAAAUUGUCUGGUUCGUCAUCUUCCGAAAACCUGGAGUCCAAAGCACAUGCCAGUUUACCAACCGAAUGUACAGGACUUGAAUGACGUCUCUUCAUCUGAGAGUGACUCGGAUGAUCCAUGCUAGGCAAGAAGACAUCUUUUUCAAAUGUGAUAUCUCAUCGACACUACUCAAGCUAUUUUUCCUUCUAAUCAAUUUAAAGACUGUAUAUUGGCAAAAAGAAAGAAAGAAAAUUGAAUUACAUAAUAAAUACAAAAAGAAACCCAAACAAUAAACAAAGCAAAAAAAAUUAAGAUUCUGUAGCCUGACUGCAGAAAAUUUGAAAAAACUACUUUUUUAAAAAUUAAGGUACAUUUUUAUUUACCAAACAGUAAUUAAAAAACUUUUUUACACACACAUUUAACACAAGUUAAAGUUGAAUCAGUAUACAUACAUACAUUACCAUUAGUUAAAGUUGAAAUAUUCUAGUUGCUGUAUUGUGCUGCAAAAGCUAUAGCUUUUGGGGUGAGAUGGGGAAGGGGUCUGCAGAUGUAAGAACUGCUAAACUGAAAUGAAAAUAUAUGAACUAAACAUAUUUUGUUAUCAUUGAUAAUGAUAAUAUAUUUUAAAAAAGAAAAACACAGCAGAAGCCUAGCUUUGAUUUCAUGUGAUGUAUCAGAACUAUAACAAGGUUUAUUCUAUGGAAACUUUCAGUAUAUCAAAGUUGUAUGCUGAUCUCAACUCCGGGAACCAUACUGUCUUAUUUAGUGUGGUCAGUAUAACUAGACAGCAUCAAACCUUUAUUUCUGUUUGUUAAAUGCUGCUGUCGUCAAUUUGCAAACCCCCUCUCCUUGUAAAGAAAUAAACAAAAAUUAUACCAUUUAACAUUUUUUUAUAAUAACCAUUUUCUUUCUCAUAAUAUUCACUAAAGGAGCAUACACACACACAUACUGUGUGUGUGAGAGUGUGUGUGUAUGUAUGUGUCUAUCUGUUGAUGGAUAACCAACUAAGAAAUCUUUGUUCUGUAUUUUGUUUCUAGCAGUGUUGUGUUCCAUGACCAGUUCGCCUCACUGAAAAUAAGUUCCACUAAGUUCGAAGUAGUUGCCAUUGUAAGCAGCACCUAUUUUGAUACUGCAACUAGACCCUUACGUGCCUUUAGCCUUGGAAAGCUACCUCUGACCCUGAAAAAGGGUUAUAAGUUCUACUCAUUAAAAAGGAAAAUGUUCGGUAUGUUAGCUUGCAGUGCUGGGUUCAGCUCUACUUGUGACAAUAGCUUGGAGUAAAACAAGCCACUAUAUUGUUAAGCUGCUAGAAAUAUCAGAUAAAUACAUCUUAUUAUCUUGGAUAAUGUCUGAUAUUUAAAAAAUGAUCUAAGUCUGGUCUAUUUGGUCAAAAGGUUGACCAAGCAGACUUGGGUUGAACAACAAUAUCUUGGAGAGGAAGUCACAGAUGUGUUUCUUGAAAAUGAACUUUUCAGUGGUGACCCAAAAUGGAAGUAUUUACAGUGAUUAUUAUUGUUAUUUACAGUCUUCCUUCCAUGCAGGUAGAACCCAUUGUUAAACAAAAUUAAGUGGGUGGAGAUUUAAUUACCUGCUCCUGCAAGUGUUUUGUUUUUCUGGGUUUAUACGUCAGGAGUACAGACCAAAUUUGUAUUGGGGUGGAGGUCAGUGAAGUCAAUCCUCUCAUUGAUACCUAACUUUUACCCUCAUCUGAUCAUGUAAGGUCUAGCAACUUAUGUAAUGUGGAAAUUAUGUGGAUUAUUUGCCAUGUAAGAGCUGUUUGACAAAUAUUUUUUUUCUAGCCAUGAGUAUGGAAAGAAAAAAAUGAACAGGUGUAUUUGUGCUAUUGUAUAACCUCUAAUCACACAAUCAACAGACAACUGACUAAUGGCAUUCCAGCUGAAAUUAUUCCAUGUAUGUAGGACCACAUUAUCUGAUGUGCCAUUAUUU